CUAUGUUUUUUCUUCCUGUAUUUCUGAUUUAUCCACUAGGUCAGUCUGGUUGGUUCUUUGCACCUAGUUUUGGUGUAGCUGCUAUAUUUCGAUUCAUCCCGAUCAAGCCUCUUUGAAAUUAUGUCCUUGUCUCUCGUCUAACUCAAGUUGCCCAGCUCCUUUGGCAGUUAAAGUAGCUCGCUUCAAGUAGCAUGUAUUACGCUCGAGGUCUCUUAGAAUAGUUUGCUCUCGUUUGGGCCAUUGUCGAAAUGAAAUGAUUUGACUUUCCCGUAGGUUUCUUCAAAACUCUAUCUUUUCUGUUUUCUUCUCACCUCAUCCCUGAAUUGCAUCAUGGGGGUCGAGCCCGAGAAGUUUAACCAUGCGAUAUCUCAGUGAACUUAAUUGGUUCGGUUCUCCACCUUAACGAUUGAAAAUAGGAUAGAUCAAGUUGACCUCCUGGGGGAUCCUGCAUGUGCAAGCUGCAACCUGCUACCAAAGGUCUAAGCGGUUAAUCUAACGAGUCAAUUCUCAAUGCGAUGCAUCCAUGAAAUGGGACGGAGAUCUGUCAGGGCUUACUCUACUAGUGGCUCGACUUGGUCUCACUCCCUUCCGGCACUAUUCUUCCCCACUAAAAAGAGCGAUUGAGAAUCUAAGGCAUUGAAUGGAAAGCCAACUGCAUACUUCAUCUGGAGUACAGUUUCUUGAGAGAGAGAGAGGAGAGAUCUGCUGCAAUUAUCUUCUGCUUCUCAAGUGAUUUCUAAGUCAGUUCAUUUUGAAUCUUUGGCCACUCAAUAUUUGGUGCACAUAUGUAAGUUCUAAUCAUCUGAUGAGUACUGUGAUCCUUUUGUCUUUGCAGGUAUGCUCUUACCAGCAAUUCGAACAUAUGAAUUUUCUUCAAAUAUAAACUUUUUACACGCUGCGGGCUUGGAGAACAACUUAUUUGAGAUACUAUUAGAUUCUUUAUGCAAAGAGGGGCAUGUGAAGGUAGCUUCUGAGUAUUUUUAUAGACGAAAAGGACAAGACUCAAAUUGGUCGUCAUCUAUUCGGGCCUAUAAUAUAUUGUUAAAUGGAUGGUUUCGAUCAAGAAAGAUCAAGAAAGCUGAGCGGUUGUGGGCUGAGAUGAAAAAGGAGGGCAUAAAACCUAAUGUUGUAACUUAUGGUACCCUUGUCGAAGGAUUAUGCCGGAUGCGUAGAGUUGAGAUGGCAAUUGAAUUGAUUGGUGAGAUGAAAGAGGAAGGAAUUGAGCCCAAUGCAAUUGUCUACAAUCCAAUAAUAGAUGCAUUAGGGGAAGCUGGGCGGUUCAAGGAAGCAUCAGGAAUGAUGGAGAGGCUGUCGGUUCUGGAAUCUGGUCCAACUCUAUCAACUUACAAUUCAUUGGUGAAAGGUUAUUGCAAGGCAGGAGAUCUUGUCAGGGCUAGUAAGAUUCUUAAGAUGAUGAUAAAUAGAGGUUUUAUGCCAACAGCAACAACGUAUAAUUACUUCUUUCGGUACUUGUCCAAGUUUGGGAAGAUUGAAGAAGGCUUAAACCUCUAUACCAAGAUGAUUGAAUCUGGAUACGUGGCAGAUCGACUAACAUACCAUCUGCUGGUAAAGAUGCUAUGUGAGCAGGAUAGGUUGGAUCUGGCAAUGCAAAUUAUCCAAGAGAUGAGGGCAAAGGGUUUUGAUUUGGACUUG